UUCAUUCAGCGUUCGGCUCUCUCUAAAGGUGCGCACUAUCUGGCCGAAAGCCUCACGAGCAUUGCCCCGCCUAGUGUUGCGUGUCUGGCGAUCCAUUCUAAUAAUAAUAAUCCUAGCUCCGAGCUCAAAUAAUUCCGAACGAUGCAACUCAACGAUCAGAUCAAGAGGAUUCUCAAAAUAAUGAUUUUUGCAUUUCUAUGCGCCGAAAUGCAAACAACCUACACGCACUCGGAGGUGGCUAAGAAGCGGCGCAUCGGCUCGACCGCAUCCGUGGCACCGUAUCAGGCCUCGAUACGGCUGCUCGACCAGGAGCUGGACUACUUUGGCAAGGGUCACAUCUGCUCGGGUGCACUGGUGGCUCCCUCCGUGGUGCUCACUGUGGCGCAGUGCGUCUAUGACCAGGACAACAUGAGAUUCUAUCAUCCAGCGGAGCUGCGCGUCGUGCUGGGCAGCACUCAGCGCUUUUCGCCCACGGCUCAUGGCCAGGUGCUGGGCGUGACUCACGUGCACAAGCCGCCCAAGCAGCUGUCCCUGGCCAUACUCAUGCUCGAGCAGGAUGUUGCGGCGCAUCUCACGCGCAUUCACCCGAUUGCCCUGUCCGCGGACAGCGCCCAGCUGGAGGGCACAUCCGAGCCGUGGCUCAUCAGCAGCUGGGGCUUGGCUGGCGAGGAUGGCCACGAGGUGCACGAGCUGCUGCGGCUGUACGUGAAGCGCUCGCCGUGCGGCCAACAGCUCUGCGUGAAGUACGACGAGCAGGCCUAUGAGCUGGAUGCAGGCGCUCCACUGACCACGGCCAAUCAGCUGCUCGGCCUGCGCAGCCAGUCGUCCGUCUUUGUCGAUGUCGCCAGCCACGUCGACUGGAUACGGUCACAGAUCGGCGACGGCUCCAACCAGAACAGCUCCAUCUGGGGCAUUCUGGGUCUGUUGGCCUUCACGCUCUAUGUGAUCAAGUGCAGCUGCAAAAAUGCCAUAUACAAAUAUGUGAAGUCUUAAAGCGAAAACUUGUAGGAAAAUGUGAUAAUUGCUAUUAGGGGUAGGCCAUAGAAUAAACAAAAUUAAUAUGAUU